CCAUAUUUUGACAGAACUUCUUUGCGUAAUGUUUAGAAGAGAGUUUUGAGUGAAAUUUUUCGAUUUUAAAAUCAACAAUGGCUGGUUUUGAGGAGAAUUUCCAGAUACUGGACUCGGAACAGUUCGGAAGAUUUGUUGUAGCCAAAAAGGAUUUAGCCCGUGGCGAACAGAUUUUGUUGGAGGAACCAUAUGUUACUGGACCCUAUUGGGAUGCGGACGUUAGUUGUUUGAACUGUUACAGGGAUUCUUGUUCGCUGUGCACGAAAUGUGGAAUAGCCCCCCUAUGCUACGAUUGUUCCGGUCAUGAUGAGUCCGAAUGCCACUUCUAUCUGUAUUCCCAGCUGGACAAGAAGUUCAUCUACAACAACUUCAACGUGAUCCUGCCAAUUCGUUGUCUGUUGCUGUAUCGCACAAAAAAAGAACUUUUUUACGAAAUGAUUUCCUUGGAAGCACAUCUGGAAGAAAGGCGUGGGACGGAGAUUUGGAAAUUUCAUGAGCAAUUCGUAGUGAAACCCCUUCUGGAGAGUGGCAUUUUCAAAGAAUUUGAAGAUCUGGAGGUCACUGCUGAGAUGAUUCAGCGAAUUUGCGGAAUUCUCGAUGUUAAUAUGCUGGAGAUGAGAGGAAACAUGGAUGCUCGUGGGGGCUUCCCUGGAAACAGUCUGGCUAGAGGCCUUUAUCCGAAAACGGUUCUGAUGUCACACAGUUGUAUGCCUAAUACAUUGAUUUCCGUCGAUGGAAACUCCAAUGUUAGAGUUUUUACAACGGUUCCGGUUAAGAUGGGAGAAGUCUUACAAAACAGUUACACCAGAAGUUUGUUUGGGACCUUCGAACGGCAAACACAACUUCGGGAGGGAAAGUACUUCACCUGCAGCUGUCGACGUUGUCGGGAUCCGACGGAAUUCGGGACCCAUCUGAAUUCUAUCCGUUGCACCAACUGUGAAUAUGGACUCUGUUCUUUCUACCCGGAUGAUCCAAGAUGGGAAUGCAACUGGUGUCAUAAUCUACUUCAAAGGGAGUAUGUCAAUGAGAUUAUGUGUGCAGCUCGCGGAGAAAUAUUGGCUUGUCCACAGGAAGUUCGCGACCUGGAGAAGGUCAUCCAGAAGCAUUCGAAGACGUUGAACCCACGGCACAGUUUGAUCUUGGAGGCCAAGCAGGCCCUAUUCGGAGAGCUGCGUCAGAUUUGUCUGGGCACUGAUCCGGAGAACGUUUCCAAGUCGGUUCUGAAGCGAAAGUUCGAACUGUGCGAGGAAAUGGUUGCCAUCUUGAGGGUGCUGGAACCGGGAAUUUCCCGGUUGGCCGGCAUUGCCAUGUACGAGUUUCACGUGGCGCUGGUGGAACUUUCCCGCCGUAAUUACGAUACAACUGAAAUCAGGUCCUUCGAGCUGUUGGAAAAUCUUAUGCGAGCGGAGAUCGAGCUGAAGCAAGCCAUCAAUAUGUUGUUGUUCGAGCAUCCGACUACUCCGGAGGGACAACUUUCGAAGAGAGCGAUGCGGGAGCUCAAGGAGUUGCGGGAAGAAAUUUCCUACGUUCGGGCCAUGAUCGAAGAUGAAAAUCUCGAUCGGCAAAAUCAGAGCCACAACCGUAGCAAACUGAGCAAUACAACGGCCAGUUUGAACUAUAGAAAGAAAUUUAGUAAGAGGCGUUAAGUAAAUUUGUUUUUUCCGUAUUGCCACUUAACUUUGUAUCAAUCUUUUUCUACUGUCGACACUACACCAAAAUGCUUUUUUCAACAUUGAC